AUGGUCAAUGAGAAUCUGGGUACGAUCUGCCAUGCUCAUGUGGUUCACGCUGACCUCAGUGAAUAUGGAGCAUUGGACGAGAAGUGCAUCAAAUUGGCAGAGCUUGCUGCCACAGCAGUUGAUUUCCCCAAAACUGGAAAGAUUGUCACCAUGCCAUUUGAACUCAAACCGAAAAUGUUUCCCGACUUUAUGGAGAAAGAGGAAUUUCAGUCAUACAAGUCGGAAAAAAUUUUGGGCAAGCUAUUCCGCCAAGUCAUAGAUGCUAAUGACAAAGAUGUGGUAGCUUCUGAGCUAAAAUUUGUUCCUCAAGACAUUCUUUAUGAUGCAGACCUUCAUAUCCCCGGAUCCACAAAUUUCAUUACUGAUGCGUGGAGCCAUAAGUGCUCUUAUGAUGGGCGGCUAAAUGGACUUCUGGGACUGUAUAAAGUGCGCAGAGAGGAAGAGAUUGUGACUGGGCACAUUUGGUCCCUGCCAAAGUAUAGUAGCAACAAGCAAGGGCAGCUGAAAGAGAGACUCAAACAUGCUUACAGUGCCCUCAGGAAAGAGUUCAGGAAAGUUUUUGAGAAAAUGGACUCAGAUUUCGAACAACUUUCUGAUGACGAGAAGAAUGCCAUUUAUGAACAAAAGGCAUCAGCAUGGUAUCAAGUCACUUAUCAUUCUUGUUGGGUGAAGAAGUCAAUGGAGUUGCAAGAGCCAGAUGGGGAUGUGGAGACAGUAAUGUUGAGCUUUGCUUGGAUAGCAGUUGAUUACCUUGCUCGGAUCAAAAUUAGGUGUGGCGGAGAUGGAAAUGCUGACCUCACUAAGCCAAUCAAUGCUUUUGCGAGGUACGUUGCUGAUCGGAUAUGACGGAUAAUCAAAGCUGUUUGAAGUUUUCUUCUAUCGU